AUGUUCGUCUUUCCGUCAUUAGCUGCGUCAGUAAGGGCGGCAUUCGUGUUUAUACAACAUGGCGACGGCAUCGAUGUGAGCGUAUCCUUGUGUAAUCGCACAUUUCCGGAACCACAUCGUGUGUUGGAUUGCUUCCAGCGUGAAACUCAGCUACUUCUCGAUCAUCUUUCCAUCCGACUGCUUUCGCUCCCACAGAUCACCGUGCUACCAGGUGUACCGGCAUGUCUUCGGCACGAGCGGACUGAAAAUGAAGUGGAUAGUGAAACGUUUGGAGCGAGCGCAUAUCUCAGUCAGAAGAGUGGAGAAGAACCGGGGAUAAAACUCGAACGUGACUAUUCGCUAGAGGAACUCUAUCAGCUCCUAGAUGAUGUACAAAAUGAACUCGACAGUAUGCGAUCGAAUCCGGAAGAGGGUCUACGAAGCCACUAUAUCGAGCGGUUGACGCGGCUUGAAAAGCAAAUGCAGAACUUCCACGAGUGCAUCUCCCAAAAGCUGAGUGCUGAGAAUGUGGGUGUGGCGACGAGAAAUAACGGUGACGAAGAAGUUGGCGACGCUAUCGCCAGCGUUUUAGCGCCAUACCGCGACGAAUCAGGGGCAUCAGGCUCGCGACGGUUCAGCCGUGAGUACUCUCGGACGGAAACUUCGUCGACGAGUCGGAAAAGCUCUAGAGCUUCGAUCUAG